AGAGUAACUUGAUUUUACUAGGUCUUGGAAUGGUUGCAUUGUGCUAGAUGUGAAGUAGGCUCAGGCAACUUGAUUUAUUAGCCUAAACCCGGUCUUGGAAUGGUUGCAUUGUGCUAGAUGUGAAGUAGGCUCAGGCAACUUGAUUUAUUAGCCUAAACCCGGCUCUGGUGUCUGUCAGAUUUUUUAAGGGUUGCAAAAUCUUUGAUUGCUUAAUAAUUAUUUUAGAAGAUCUGAUUAAUUAAAAAACUAUUUGCCUGCCGAAAAAAAUGUAAACAAAGUUUAUAGCAAGUUAUCUAUACCCUCUGAUGUUAUUGUUAGUCCUGCAAAGUCAACAAUAUUCUGACCGAACUGAUUCUGGUCGGAAAUGUGUUUUCGAUGCAGAAACGGAGGCCCGGCUAGCUAAGUGCAUUGGUGUUGUAUGUAACCUUGGUUUUAGUCCUACGUUGGAUGAAAUUUUGGAUCUUGUUGCCGAAUACAUCAAAGUCACAGGGACGAUUUCACUCCAGUUUAAAAAUGGAAGGCCUGGUUUGGUGUGGAUAAAGAGCUUUAUGAAAAGAAACGGACUGAGUCACAAGAAGGCUGAGAUGAUUAGUACUGCCCGUAAAGCAAACACAUCCAAUCCAUUUAUAAUUUUUGAUUUCUACGAUCAAUUGGAACAGAUCUUCGAGAAAUACCCUAAUCUGGAUGCACAACGGAUCUGGAACUGUGACGAAAGUUCUUUCCCAACUGAUCCAUCAAAAGGGAAAGUUGUCUCCGUGAAGGGACAGCGUGCCCUUAAAUUACGGUAUGGCGCUGGGAGAGAAAACAUCACUGUACUCGGUGUUUGUAAUGCAGCUGGAGUGGCACUUGACCCUCUUAUUAUAUUCACUGGAAAAAAUAUGCAAAGUACGUGGUACGGGGACAAGGCUCUACCCAACACAUUUUACGCCAAGUCUGAAAACGGUUGGAUGGACACGGAAGUUUUUUCCACGUGGUUCGCCAAAUUCACUGAGGACGUAACAGAAAGACCAUUGUUACUGGUGUUUGAUGGGCACCUUACCCAUAUCAGCAUAUCUGUCAUUAAAAAAGCAUUGGAAGAUGAUAUAAUUAUAAUGAAAUUCCCUCCACAUGUUACGGAUGUCAUGCAACUCCUAGAUGUUGCAUGUUUUGGACCCUUAAAACGUGCUUGGGAGAAGCGCCUCCAUUUACGCGUGACAACACAUGGUGCUAAAAGCCAAUUGACAAAGUCUGAGUUUGUCAAUGAACUCUGUUCCAUUUGGAAAGAUGGCAUGAAAAAAGAAAGCGUUAUCAAUGGAUUUAGGAGUACUGGAAUAUGGCCAAUUGACAGAACCAUGUAUCCAAAGGAACGCUUGGACCCAAGAUUGUUAGCGAAAUAUUAUACGUGGAAACAAAGUGGUAAAGCUCUUGAUUGGUCUAAAUUGUCAGACGGACAAAUCGAUGAAGCUGCGGGUCUUGCGCAAAAUCAAAUCUCGCCAUCAUUACCACUGCCCGAAUUGCAAAACCAAGCAGAAUCUCCUUUAUCAAUAUCUAAUACCACACCUACAACCACCCCUAAUGUAAAUAUAACUCCAUCAUCUCUGCCAGGCGGAAGUCGUGAUGAAACUAAUGAGAUGAAUAUCUUGUUAAAGCGGCUUGGACCAUAUCCAUAUACAGCACCUACAGGCUUCUGCUGGAUUCCAAAUGGUUGAAAGUUGUCACCAAUUAACCAGUCCACCCCAAAAUCGACUGAGGUAUUUGAAGAGCUGUUCCUCGAUAAAGUAAAAGGUUCAGUAGAUCAGCCUAAGAAAAGAAGACAAAAGUUAGAUCUUAGCGGAAAGGUAAAAUAUUAUUUAAGAAUAAGUACAUUAAUGAUUUUGCAUUUCACAUUAAAAAUAACUAAUUGAUUGUCCAUGUUGUAGGUUAUUACGCAGAAAGAGCUGCUAGAAGAGCUUGAACGAAAAGCCCAGGAGAGAGAAGAAAGGGAAGCAAAGGCGUUGCUAAGAAAAGAAGAAAGAGAAAGGAAGAAACAACAAAUUGCAAUUGCGAGCAAAAAGGGAAAGCAGAAAAUUACAAUAAACAAGGAAGACGACAGCGAUACCGAUGAGAUUACCUCGAGCGAAGAAGAAGAUGAAGAAGAGGAAGAAGAGGAAGGAGAAAGAGAGGAAAGCGAAGAGGACGUUGUCCAGGAUGAAUCAACAGAUACACUGUUGUCAAUGGAAAAAACGUGGAAGUUUUUAUAUUCGCCAACAAAAGAAUUCGAUGUGGUUGGUAAAUGGUACGCAUGCAUUUACGACACCAAGAGAGGUCCUAGUUUGUACAUAGGAAAAGCCCUCACGCGAUUUUUGUAUGAUGAAAACGGUGUUGCUGCAGGAUUAGAGAUAGAAUGUCUGCAAAAAAAGUUGGGGACAGCUGACAACAUCCUUCGGGAAAUAAAAAAAACAAGCGAGUUCAGAACAGCUGUAGGGGAAGAUAUCAACACCUUCGCUGUCCAAAAUGUUAUCUGUGGGCCGUUAACUGCAACUUUUUUGGGUGGUGACAAAUGGGAGUUCCCACAGUAUCCUCAAGUUCGAGAAUUAUUCGAAAGGAUAAAAAAGAAGAACAGAGACGCAAUGCAUGUUUCGGAAAGAUGCAAAUGGGAGAGUAAUUUAAAUGAAAUGUAGUUGUUGUAUAACUGCCGGUAUUUUCCCUGUUUAAAAUAAAAGCCGAAGUUUCAAGGUCAUUUUCGCCA